UAUCAAUCAGGUGGUUUAUAUUUGAACUGGGUGGACUGGGUACCAUUUCAGCUGUGAGGGAGGGGAUCACUCCACUGCACAUGGUUUAAUGAUCUUCAUAUGCUAGAGAGACCCGGUGGGCAGAUGGAGAGUUGUCUACUGAGUGAGGGACAAGUUCAGGGACGACUCUUCAGUAUAGGUGCAAGUUUCUGCUUCAAUGCCAAUCUCUGGAGGUCUGGGACAGUUGGGAACUACAGAGCUACAGCUUUUCACUGCACUAUUGACUCUAAGGAAGCUGCCUCUGUCACUCAGGAAUCACUAGCCAAUCAUGGCCUCCAGAUGGACUUCCAGUCAGAAUGUGGGCGGGUACUUCCGAUCCCCCUUGGUGAAGGCUCCCGCGGCGCCGAGUUUGGGGAAAGGAGACGCUGGUGUUCUGUGUGCUGUGCUGUGACCCGCUGCCGGGAGCUGUGAGGAGAGCCCGGCGAGCUGGGAAUCCGCCAUGGAUGCAGUGACCUAUGAGGAUGUGCAUGUGAACUUCACUCAUGAAGAGUGGGCUUUGCUGGAUCCUUCCCAGAAGAGUCUCUACAAAGAUGUGAUGCUGGAAACCUACUGGAACCUCACUAUUGUAGGUUACAAAUGGGAAGACCAUAAUAUUGAAGAACAUUGUCAGUGCUGUAGAAGAAUUGAAAGGUGUGUCAUCUGUCACUCUGGACACAAUCCAUGUGAGCAUAAGGGAUAUGGAAAGAAGCAUUGUAGUCCUGUCUGUCUUAGAACAACUGGAAGAUAUGUGGUAGUCCCCACUAUGAGAAGACAUGAUGACUGUGAUACAAGAUUACAAUUAACUGGUUUUCCAACUUCAGUGGGAAUUCAUCAACAAACUUCCAUUGGAGAAAAACCUUAUGAGUACCAGGAAUAUGGAAAUUCAACUCUCUCUUCUGGUUCACUGUGUAUAUGUAGUGUGGCUCUCAGUAUAAGAAAAUGUUAUAAAUACAAUCAGUGUGGUCCAACUCUGAGUUCUUCAAGUUCUGUUCAAGGAUGUGAAAAAACUCAUAUGUUAAGAGAAAAUAAUAAAUGUGAGUCAUCUACCAAAGGCUUUAGCCAUUAUAGGCAUCUUCAAACACCCAAUAAUGAAGAGAAUCUAUAUGAAUAUAAUCAAUGUGAUAAAGUCUUUAGAUGUGAUUGGUUGUUAAAACACCAAAGAACUCAUUUGGAAGGAAAACCCUGUGAUUAUAAUCAAAGAUAUAAAGGCUUUGCAUAUCACAGUCUUCAUCAAGUACAUAGAAUUCAAACUAGGGAGAAAAGGUAUGAAUCUCAGCAAUGUGAUAAAGCCUUUGCAUGUCCCAUAAUACAUAAUAGAAGUUACACUGAAGAGAAACCCUAUGAACGUAAUCAAUGUGGUAAAGCCUUUGCAGAGAACAGAAGCCUUCAUAGUCAUGUAAGGUUUCAUACUGGAGAGAAACCCUAUAAAUGCAAUCAGUGUGGUAAAGCCUUUAGAGGGAAGAAUAGCCUUCUCAGUCAUGAAAGAAUUCAUACUGGAGAGAAACCUUAUCAAUGUCAUGAAUGUGGUAAAGCUUUUGCACAAAAGAGUUAUCUUCUCAGUCAUGAAAGAAUUCAUAAUGGAGAGAAACUUUAUGCAUGUAAUCAAUGUGGUAAAGCCUUUCCAUAUAAUAGUCGUCUUCUCACUCACUUAAAAACUCAUACUGGAGAGAAACCCUAUGAAUGUAAUCAAUGUGGCAAACGCUUUGUAUACAAGAGUCUUCUUCUCAGUCAUGAAAGAAUUCAUACGGGAGAGAAACCCUAUGAAUGUAAUCAAUGUGGUAAAGCCUUUACAUUGAAGAGUCAUCUUCUCAGUCAUGAAAGAAUUCAUAAUGGUGAGAAACCUUAUGAAUGUAAUCAGUGUGGUAAAACCUUUGCACAGACAAGUAAUCUUCAUAGACAUGAAAGUCUUCAUACUGGAGAAAAACCCUAUGAAUGUAUUCAAUGUGGUAAAGCCUUUGCACAGAAGGUUAGUCUUCAAAGUCAUGAAAGAAUUCAUAAUGGAGAGAAACCCUAUGAAUGUAAUCAAUGUGGUAAAGCCUUUGCAGAGAAGAGUUAUCUUCACAGUCAUGAAAGAAUUCAUAAUGGUGAGAAACCCUAUGUAUGUAAUCAAUGUGGUAAAGCCUUUGCACAGUGGAGUCAUCUUCACAGUCAUGAAAGAAUUCAUAAUGAAGAGAAACCCUAUGAAUGUAAUCAAUGUGGUAAAGCCUUUGCACAGAAGAGAAAUCUUCUCAGUCAUGUAAGAAUACAUACUGGAGAGAAACCUUAUGAAUGUAGUCAAUGUGGUAAAGCCUUUGCAGAGAAGAGAAAUCUUCACACACAUAAAAUAAUUCAUACUGGAGAGAAACCCUAUGAAUGUAAUCAAUGUGGUAAAGCCUUUGCUUUGAAGAAAAAUCUUCACACACAUGAAAUAAUUCAUACUGGAGAGAAACCCUAUGAAUGUAAUGAAUGUGGUAAAACCUUUGCACAGAAGAGUCAUCUUCAUACUCAUGCAAGUGUUCAUACUGGAGAGAAACCCUAUGAAUGUAAACAAUGUGGUAGAGCCUUUGCACAGAAGAGUCAUCUUCUCAGUCAUGAAAGAAUUCAUACUGGAGAGAAACCCUAUGAAUGUAAUGAAUGUGGUAAAGCCUUUGCAGAUAAGAGAAAUCUUCGCGGACAUGAAAUAAUUCAUUCUGGAGAGAAACCCUAUGAAUGUAAUGAAUGUGGUAAAGCCUUUGCAGAGAAGAGAAAUCUUCACAGACAUGAAAUAAUUCACACUGGAGAGAAACCCUAUGAAUGUAAUGAAUGUGGUAAAACCUUUGCACGGAAGAGCCAUCUUCACAGUCAUGAAAAAAUUCAUACUGGACAGUACCAUGUGGAUGUAAUCAUGUGUUAAUUUCAGAUGUGAUCUUCCAUGUGGGUGCUAGAAACUGAAUGUCUACAAGAUGUACCUCCUAGAGUCCAGCUCCAAAAGGGUUCAGGUCCCUAAGAGGAGAUGGGGCAUUAGCAAAGGAAGGAGACCGCCAUGAUAUUAGCGUGAAUCGGCAUGGCUGCUGCUUUAUUGAAAAAGGACUAUACCCUUUAUACUGUAUAACUGAAUCUCAGUUUAGACUAAAGCAAGGUUAAAAUCAGACUUGAUGAUUCCAGGCUAAAAGCAGCUAUCAACCUCAUCACAGCAUUUUUUCUGAGGCAAAAGUGAUAAAUUCAACACGUAUCUAAAUGUCUUUGUGGAUGUGAGCCCAUUGUUUUCUUCCAGUGUGCUUUCAUCCUUGGAACUAGGUAUGUCCAGUUAGUAAAUCAUUAAGUUCUCUAUUCUUGGUGUACUCAGGGGGAUACAAUGGGGAUUCUUGUGUUAGAGUAGGCAUAGUUAUCAUGUUUUAUGGUUCCAUGGUGGUGGGGAUUUUUUCCAUGAAUUUUUUUUCAAGGACUGCCUAUGUAUACAUUCUCAUCUUCCAUUGUAGCUCACAAAAAAAUUCCUACAGUAAAAGAGAUAAGGAGACCUCAUCACAUAUAGUGAGAAUUAUUAAAAUUGAAAUAAAAUGAUGCCAGAAAAUUAA